AUUACUAAUAGAAGCCUACUCAUGCAUGAUUCCUGAAGAACCCUCUUAUGGUAGGAUAUGCGAGCAAAUAUACUUGCAAAUGAGUCUGAUUUAUCAUCUAUGAUCUAUCCCCGAUAUCAAAAUCCCCACAAGAGCGUGCUAUGAUCUUUGUGAUUAUUAAUAAUAUCGAUGGUAACUUACUUGACCAUAGAUAUAAAUACCUGAGAAGGAACUUGAUGAUGAACGAUUUAUUAAUCACUUCACACCAGCUUCUUCAUUUAUAACUCCCUUGAAUAUCUAUACUCAAAAUCUUCACACUUCCAUCUCUCUCACACAGAACCCAAUAAAACAUCCAAAAAUAAAAAAUGCUCGCCCUCACAGCAACCACCGGCAACAUAGGCGGUGCAGUCCUCCAAGCCAUUCUCGACCUCAAAAAAAUCCCUCCCACCUCCCUAAUAAUCUGCACCUCCUCAGACCCCUCCUCCCCCAAAUUCGACACCUACAAAUCCCUCGGCAUCCAAGUACGACAAUCAGACUACGAAGAUCCGUCCAGCAUGGUGCGCGCCUUCCGCGGCGUCACCAAACUCUUCCUAGUAUCUACCCCUAAAAACAAUCUCGAUUUCAAUAAUGCACCCUACGGACAGGGUCGCGAGUCUCGUCAUUUCGCAGCUAUUAAUGCGGCGCGGGAAGCAGGUGUAAAGCAUAUAAUUUAUGCCAGUUUAGCAUUUGGGGUUGAUAGUCAUCCGGGCGUGAUGCGUGCGCAUGAACGAACGGAGGCGUAUCUUAAGGCGUUGACGGAUAUCAAGUGGACGAUUGUGAGGGAGGGACUGUAUCAGGAGAGUUGGCCCAUCUACACUGGGUUCUUCAACACGAAUUCGGAUUCGAGAAAUGAGGUUGUGGUUGCCGCGGAUGGGGAAUUGAGUAUGAUAUCGCUUUAUGAUCUUGGGGUAGCGAAUGCGCUGGUAUUGGACGAUGAGAGUGGGAAGUACGAAGGGAAAUUCUUUUUUCUCUCACGGAGGAAAACGGUGAAGAUUUCCGAGAUUUUGGCUAUGGUGUCGAAGGUGAAGGGAAGAGAGAUAACAUUGAAAAUUGUGGAUGAGGAGGAAUUUGUACGCCAUUAUGUGGAAAACGGGCUCGAGAAGGCUAUGUUGGAGUGGUGGGUAAGUAGUUUUACGGCGGUGAGAGAAGGGGGUGGUGCGAUUGACGAUGCGACUUGUGACGAGCUUUUGGAGAGUGUGCGGACUAAGCCUAAGGAAAUGGAAGAGACGGUUCGGGAGAUGCUACAGGGAGGUUUGAAGGGCUAUGAUAAGUUGAAUUAGGGGCUGAAUGGAGCAUGGUUUUGUGUGGCAGAUGGGAUUUGUAAUCUUAGGAUAAAAGUUUGUUAUGCAUCGGUUUUGAUAAUUAAAUCAAAUGUUGGAGGUUCGCCGUGACUGUGCUGCGUAUUUUUAGGUGAUAAAAGCAUUGCUAAGCUAAGUAUAGCGAAGUCAAG